AAAGUUUCUGAAGUCCUCUGUCACCUCUCUGCUGACUUCCUCUGACUAGUACGCUACGCCCAUUGCCGACGUGCCCGCGCACAGAGAGGCGAACACCGCAGGAGGCAAAACACUCACUCGCAAAACAUGGCGAGAUUAAGCGAGCAUGGGAUCCGUCUAAGUUCCAUGAGUCCUUCCUUCCUGAACAGCAACUCCACCAGUCAUACCUGGCCCUUCAGUGCAGUGGCAGAGUUAAUAGACAAUGCGUCAGAUCCCGGGGUGUCUGCUAAACAGAUCUGGAUAGAUGUAGCUGAGGAAUGCGGCUACCACUGUCUAACUUUCACUGAUAAUGGCAGUGGCAUGACCCCCAACAAACUGCACAAAAUGCUCAGCUUUGGUUUUACAGAAAAGGGUUCAGGUAAGGCCAGUCAGCAGGCCAUCGGUGUGUACGGGAACGGUUUCAAGUCUGGCUCCAUGCGUCUGGGUCGCGACGCCCUCAUCUUCACCAAAAAUGGCGGCUGCAUGACGGUGGGAAUGUUGUCUCAGACCUACCUGGAAAACAUCAAGGCUCAGGCUGUCAUUGUCCCGAUUGUUCCCUUCAACCAACAAACCAAGUCUCUGGUGAUGACUGAGGACUCAGAGGCCAGCCUGGCAGCCAUCCUCCAAAACUCCAUCAUCACCUGUCAGGAGCAGAUACAUGCACACUUUGACUCCAUUCCCUCCAAAAAAGGCACCAAGAUAUUAAUCUGGAACAUCCGCAGUGCCAAAGAUGGUAAACCAGAGAUUGACUUUGAGACAGACGUGACUGACUUCCGUCUGCCCUCGAUUCAAAUCGAGGAGCUGAAGAAGGGUCUGAGGAUCAGUGGAUCCCUGAGAGCCGAGCAGAACAUCCCUGACAUGCACUACAGUCUCAGGGCCUACCUCAGUAUCUUAUACCUGAAGCCGAGGACACAGAUAAUUCUGAGGGGGAAGAAGAAUGUGGCUAAACUGGUGUCGAAGACACUGACACACGUCGAGCAUGACGUGUACAAACCCCACUUCAGUAAAGAGAAGGUGAAGGUGACCUUUGGGCUGAGCAUCAAAAACAAAGACUACUAUGGCAUCAUGAUGUACCACAAGAAUCGACUCAUUAAAGCCUACGAGAAAGUGGGCUGCCAGCUGAAGGCUUCAGGUCAGAGAGCAGGAGUCGGGGUCAUCGGUAUCAUCGAGUGUAACUUUCUCAAACCGGCUCACAACAAGCAAGACUUUGAAUACACCAAAGAAUACAGACUCACCCUCGGUGCUUUAGGCCUAAAACUCAACGACUACUGGAAAGAGGUGACAGAAAAGAAGGCCAGAGAGCGAGAGUUUCAGGCUGUAGACAGAGAUGACAAUCAGGACGACGAUGUUGUGGGUCCCGUGUGGUUACAGUGUGAAGAGUGCCUGAAGUGGCGAAGCGUCCCUGCGAAUCAUUACGAAGUGGUUCCUGAAAGCUGGAACUGCAGCCAGAACCCCAAUCCACGUUACAGAAGCUGCUCCACCCCAGAGGAAGCAGAAGACAGCGAGGAACUGUUAACACCCAGCUACCAGAAGAACCACAAGAAGCAAGAACACCCCAAAAGCAGAAAGCGAGAAAAAUCACUGGAGGUGUGCGUGUUCCAGGACCAAAAUCCUAAACAUCAAAUCCUCUUACGCAGUUCGUCAGAACCGAGCCAGCCCACCUUCCAGUCCACACCUCAGCACAUGAGAGCAGCAGAUGGAAGCCAUGCAGAGGAAAACACACUAGAAAAAGACCAAAUGCACACAGAUCAACAGGCAGAUUAUUACACUGACACGCGCGCACAUGACGAUGCGCAGAAAGAAAGCAUGGCAGCUGAAGUCACACACAUACGACAGAAGCUCGUUGAAAGAGACACAGUCAUUAAAGACAAGACACACAUGCAUGUGGAAAAUGAGACCAGUGAUCACAGGCAGGAAGAGGAAGACGCAACAAAGCAGCCAUUGGAAAGAGAGGAGGGGAGCACAGACACAUUAAGCCUCAAAAGAAAACCAGGAUCAUUAUUUCACUGUGUAAAAAAGAAGCCAUGUCUUUGGGAGGAGCAACAGCCUGACUCAGAAAAUACCACAGAAGAGAUGAUACAAACAAAUAUACCAGAGACACUGUCCUCAGAGAAGACCAAGCAGGACAGGAUCAACCAUUUAGAGAAACCAGGUGACACAUCACAGCGAGUCCUCACCAAACUAACCUGGACCACCUCACUCCCUUCCAACCAGAGUGCGACGGUGUCCUCACUGAGCCACACAGAAGGGCCGCAGAGCAGGAUGCUGCCUCCAGAGGGCGGCGACCGGGAAACUAAUAUGCAGAAGCUGGCUGGGUUGGAGAAAGAGGCUGAGAGGUUACGGAGGCUUCUAGGUUUGGAAAUCACAAAGACAACUCAAGGCACAAUGACAACUGAUGAUAGCAGCACUGAAAAGCCAAAACAGGGGGUGGAGUCAACGCCAGCAUCCAGUGCCAGCAGAGAGGUCGGCUGCCAGACAGAUGUUGCUGAGAGCUCUACUUCAUCUGGCAGCCCGACCCAGGCCUCGGGACUUCAGGGGGUGGUGGUCCACAGUCAAAAAGCUGUAGGAGGUCAGACUGAACAGAAUGGACCCAGGAAGGAGAAGACAGAUACUCAGAGCAGGACGAGAGCCAGUAACAGCGAGGCCUGUGAAGACAGCAGAUUGCCCCAGGAAAGUCUUCAUGGCAUCCGUAACAACGUGGUGGUGCUUCUCACGGCCCUCCUGCCACAACUGGACCUGACUGGCAUCAGUCUGGAGACCACUGACGUAGACAACAUCCUGCAGCAGAUUAUAGAGGUCAAUUCACUGAAAUUAUGAUGAGCACUGCUCGUUAAAAUCCAGAAGAGUUCACUCGGCAGAGAUUGAUAUGUUUCUCUGAUAUUCUUAUGCAAAAUGUGUGAUGCUACCUGUCUUUCAAUGCUCACUUGUUCUAUUUCUGGUGGUGUUCGUGGAUAAACUCUAUAAUUUUAUAUUUUUCUAUCCCUACGUUUAUCGGUUUGCAAUAAGCAACAAUGUGCAGCUGGUUAUAGUAACUCAGUGUACCUAACAUUACAUGGUAGGUGCAUAAGGGCACAUGUUAUGAGAGAAUGUACUGGAAAUAUAUGGGAAAAAAUACAUUUUUGAAUUGAAUGGAGAAAAGAAUAGUUGUACUUAAUUUGUUGUUUUAUCCAGGACUUUCUUACUUAGUGUUCAAAGUUGUAACAGGCUGAUUAUCACAUUAUCACAUCAUUUUGGAUACAACAUGUAUGGUGUUCGUUUCUUUUAUGUAACUUUGUUUUCAGCCUUCCCGCCCAGCUGCUGUACAAAUGUCAGCUUUUUAACCUGAAUUUAUCUUUUAAGUUUUUUUUAAAAAGUGUGUUGUGUUGCUGUUGUUCUGUUUUUAUUGACUAUUUAAAUUACUUUUAUACACACUGAAGCAGUGCUUGUUUAUAGGUUUGUUCACAUAUCCUUUACAAACAAGACUUUUUACAUUUGCAUUAAAAUACUGAAACCAUA